AUGAAAAUGAGCCACGCUUUGCUGUUCGGGUCAGCACAAACGUGGAGAAAGUACACCGGCAACACAACAAGACCGACUCGCAAACUGAAUAGAAAAGAAUUUUGCAGUAGAAAAAAGACGAAGUCAGCAUGCAAGUGUUUGCAUUGGCCAUGGUUGGCCUGUUGUCAACAGCGGCAGCCAUGUACUCGGCAGGGGAUGAUGUCGUUCAGUUGACACCAGCAAACUUUGACAAGGAAGUGAUGAACAGCGAUGCUUUGUGGCUCAUUGAGUUCUAUGCUCCGUGGUGUGGACAUUGUCAGUCCCUCACUCCAGAAUGGAAAAAGGCUGCUAAGGCCCUAAAGGGUAUAGUAAAGGUCGCCGCUGUGGAUGCUGAUGCCCACGGACAGCUGGGACAGAAGUAUGGUGUUCAGGGAUUCCCCACAAUUAAGGUAUUUGGGGGUAAUAAAAACAAGCCAGAGGACUACCAAGGUGGGCGAACAGCUAACGCCAUUGUCGAUACAGCAAUGUCUAAGGCCAAGGCCAUGGUGAAUGAUCGUAUGAGUGGGCGAGGAGGCAGAAGUGGCGGUGGUAGUAGUGGUGGGUCAAAGUCUGGAGAUCCAAAGGAUGUGAUCGAGCUAACCGAUGGAAACUUCCAGGAAUUGGUGCUUGACAGUGAAGAUUUGUGGCUAGUGGAGUUUUUCGCACCCUGGUGCGGUCACUGUAAGAAUCUUGCGCCACAUUGGCAGUCGGCUGCUUCCCAGAUGAAGGGCAAGGUCAAAUUUGGAGCUGUCGAUGCUACUGUACAUACUGUGUAUGCUAGCAGAUAUGGGGUUCGUGGCUACCCUACCAUUAAAAUGUUCCCUGCAGGGAAAAAGGAUGGCGAGGCUGCAGAAUAUGAUGGAGGUCGAACCGCCUCAGAUAUUGUUGCAUGGGCCACAGACAAAGUCGCUGCAAAUAUUCCACCCCCAGAAGCCUACCAGGUGACCUCCCAGGAUGUACUGACACAGAAUUGCCAGGACCAGCAGAUCUGUGUUGUGGCCGUCCUUCCACACAUUCUCGACUGCCAGGCAGACUGUAGGAACAAAUACCUGGCCAUCCUAAAAGCUAUGGGUGAAAAGUACAAGAAAAACCAGUGGGGAUGGGUUUGGUCUGAGGCUGCAGCUCAGCCAGAGCUUGAGUCGGCCCUUGGUAUUGGAGGAUUUGGCUACCCAGCCAUGGCAGCUCUCAACUCCAGGAAGAAACUGUAUGUACUCCUGAAAGGACCAUUUAGUGAGAGUGGUAUCAACGAAUACCUGAGGGACCUGUCAUAUGGUAAGGGAUCUUCUGUGUUGAUGAAAGAUAGUGAACUACCCAAGGUACAGACUCUGGAACCCUGGGAUGGAAAGGACGGAGUGUUGGAUGUGGAAGACGAGAUUGAUCUGAGUGAUGUUGAACUGGAUGACCUCAAGGAUGAACUAUGAUACAGAAAACCAGAAUUAAUUUAUCAUUUUAUGUAUGCAAAUAAUGUAUGGAACAUUGUAUGAAGAAUUGGUAUGAAAAAUAGUAUGCAACAUUGUACAACAUUGUUUGAGUGCUGUAUGGAAAAAGUGUAUGAAAUUUUACUCUGAGAGUAUGAAAAAAAGUGUAUGAUAUUGUUUUUUUGUUAUUUUGGUAGGAGAUUGUUACUUCAGAAGUGAGUGGUGAAACUAAUGCUCUAACAAAUCAUAUAAACACUGUAACUUAAAUGUAAACAGUAGGUGCUUCCUUCUUUCUAGCUUAAUACAUAUUAUUCUGACUGUCAGAUGUCAUAAUUAUAGAAACGGUUUCCAGGUUCCAACAUCAACAGUGUAUAUGCUGACAUUGUUUGCUAUGUUGUAGCAUCUGUCUGCUUCCUUACACCUUGGCCUAGCUUGCAUUUCAUACAACAUAUUCCAAAAGGAAGAACUUAUACACUACACAGAGAUAAAAAUCUUCACUCGUAUUAGAAUUUAUUUUCCAAGAAAAAAUGUGUUUAGACAUGUACAUCAGUAGGAAGUAUUGCCUUAUAUGUACAUGUUUUGGAUAUACGUCAACCAUUUAAUAACACUGUAAAAUCUUGAUGACAUUGGUAGCUAUGGUUGUUUUUGGAUAUGUACAUAGUCGUAGUUGUUAUGUUUACGUUGUUGGUGCUCUAACAUAUGUAGGGGGAAUGUUGUGUAUGUGUGGUUCUAACCCAAAGUAAGUAGUCUAAUAAACAAAUUGUAUCUAGAUUAGCCAGUGUAUAAAGGUACUCUGACAAGUACCUGAUGAAAGCCAAGCAUUAUGUGAUUAUGUAUUGUGUAACCCCAGUAGGGAGUAUUAUCUAGAGAGUAUCCCGAAGUUCUUCUCCUGCAUGCUUGUUACGUUAUUCAGACCACUCGUGUUGGUGUUGUGUGAGUACAUGAUAUAGGCAAUAUUUUUCACUCAAGUAUUUGUUCAUCAUUUAUUUCUGUAGUCACUAAUAUUAUCAUACCUCUAUAUUAAAUAUAUAAAAUAAAUUUCUGGCUAUUACUAAUAUUAGUUUAAUCCUAAUUAAUUGAUCAAAAAUCUUCUCUGAUAUAACACUCAUUACAGAAUGAUAUUUAUUGGGUACGUAUUCAAAGUUUUCUUUAACAAUUAAUACACUAUAACACUCUCUUAAGAACAUCAAGAAAGAAAAUGAUAUGAAACAUACAUUUGAGUUUGCAGUUAGGACUACUAGUACCUUCUGUUUUGUAACAAAUAAUUUGACAAGCAUAACCUGAGGUGUUUAUUUAAUGAAAUUUUCUUGUGGAAGAAAUUCACCAGUCAUUUCUGAAGUAAUAUUCUGUAUUGUUAAAAUGAGUGCAUGAUUGUGGAUAAGAUUUAAAGUCUUUAAAGCUUUUGACAAUGUUGUACAUGUGUAUGUGUGAGGUUUGUUUUUUCCUGUCUGAUUUCGUUCGGGUGAUGAUUUUAUUAUGUCAUUUUCCAUAACAUAAUGUGAAAUUAUGUCACAAUUAUUUCCCUACAUUUAUAAUGUACAUGUAGUGCUGAAAAAAUGCUUUAAAAAACAUAAUACAGUCAAACCUGCUCUAACAACCGCGUGUGUAUACAACCGAUUUUAAGAUUCUCCGUGAGAUUUUACUACACAUGUAUAAUGACCCUCUGUAUAGCGACCAUUAACAUUGAAAAUGGCAAGUAAUCAGUAUAGAUACAUUGAAACAAAGAUUGAAGGAAGUUACCGUCAUAGAAACAAAGAUUGAUUUUAAGAAAAAUGAAUCAUGAUUUUUACAUAUUUUAUUUUCAAUGUUAACCGUUUUCAAAGUUUAUAAUUAAUGGCAACGAAAGUAUUUUUAUUUUCAAAUGGAGCAUAUCAAUCUUGGUGAUAUAAAUGAUUUUUUUUAAAUCAACAAAUAUUAAAAGUAUCUGAUCCUUUUUGUAAAACGUUGUGUUGCAAAUUCAGACACAAAGUAAAAUUGUAAAAAUUCAAUCAAAAAUUCCUCAAAUUUAUAAAAUUAUACUUUUACUGUAAAUAUUGUAGUGGCCAUCAACUAAUUUAUAUAAAAAAAAAAAAUUGAUUUAUAUGGUUCUGUGUACAUAAGUGAUAUCAUACAGAUUCUAGUUUUGUCUAAGAAAAUAUUGAAAACUUACCAAGUUGUCACAAUUACCUGUAUGUAUUUGGGGCAGUCAUAUGACAACUAAACUUUGUUUUUUGGUUUAUAUUGUUGUUAAUAUGUAUAGACAUUAUACACCAUUAAUUACAUAUAUUGCAUCAGUAUAUUUCCAAUUCACAAAUUUCAUUUUUACAGAACAGAAAUCUUAAAGAGCUUUAAGUUUUCAGUUAUGAAAAUAUGGAAAUGGUCAUAUUUUAUUGUCGUUGUAUAGUUCAUCAAGUGCUACUUGUAUUUGACUGGAGGACAUCCAUACUUUUAUGAAUGUUAUCAUUUAUUAAGUGAUUUGACGUAAUAUGUUUUGUGUUUCUAACAGUCAAGUGGAACAUGAUGCAUGUUGUAUUACUUAUAAUUACUGAUGCAAGGAUCAUGUUGAGAAAGAAUUCACUGUAGACGAAUCAAUCAUGGGAAAAAUAAAAAUAAUAAAAAAUAAACCGAAA